AUGCAUUUGUACUUGAAACAAAACAGCGCUGCUAGCCUGACGUGUAGAGUGAUCUCAGUUUUGCCUUGGCCUCAUAGAAGAGACGACGGAGCAAAUGGAGAGGACGAAACAUUUGUGGAGGAGAUGGUUGUUAUUGAAAGACCGAUUUACACCCAGAAAGAUUUUGAUCAGGGUUUUGACGGCGGAAAGCGCCCGGCACGCAAUCUUGGCACCUGGGUGAAGUCUAAAGCCAGGAAAUGUGAAUGUUCACCGUCAUGUGUGCGGAGCUUCUGCACCUCACACCUGCCCUUCCUGUCCAUCAUGAAACAGUACCGCGUCAGACAGGAUCUUAUCCCAGACAUCAUUGCAGGUCUAACGGUGGGCAUCAUGCAUAUACCACAAGGGAUGGCUUACGGACAACUUUCAACCCUCCCGCCAGUGUUUGGACUGUACGUCUCUUUCUUCCCAGUCAUUUUGUACUUCUUUUUUGGAACUUCCAAACAUGUUUCAAUAGGUACAUUUGCUGUCAUAUCACUAAUGGUAGGCUCUGUUGUGGACAAAGGCAUGAAAUCUCAAGGCUUGGAGCCUACAACCUGGAAUUUGACAGUCAGUACAGGGGCAAACGUCACUUACGAGAUCAUGGACAACUCGGCAGAACUGCUAGAUAUGAAGCUCAAACUGGCAAUGUCUGUAACAUUUGCAGUGGGAGCUAUACAGCUGCUGCUGGGUGUGUUCCAGCUUGGGUUCCUCACUGUGUACUUGUCUGAUCCAUUGAUCAGUGGGUUUACCACAGGAGCAGCGUGCCAUGUGUUCACAAGCCAGAUCAAGCAUAUAUUUGGUAUUCCCAUGGGCCAGUACAGUGGUGCCUUCAAGCUUGUAUAUUCUUACAGGGACAUCUUCCUGAACUUGCCAAAGACAAAUGCUGUCACUUUCAUUGCCUCUAUUGUGUGUAUGAUGCUGCUGGUGGUUGUGAAGGAGUACAUCAAUGGCAACCCAAAGAUCAAACCAAAGCUGAAGAUGCCGGUACCUGCUGAGUUGAUUGUUGUAGUUCUUGGAACUGUGAUCUCAUAUUUUGUCCAGCUGGAGGAAGUUUAUAAAGUGAAAAUUGUGGGAGACAUCCCAGUUGGAAUUCCUCCACCAAACUUCAAUGCCUUCACAUUCUUACCCCAAGUGAUUUCUGAUGCCAUAGCAAUUGCCAUUGUUGCAUUCGCCAUCUCGGUCUCCAUGGCCAAAAUAUUUGCUAAAAAACAUGACUAUGAUGUGGACUCAAACCAGGAAUUACUGGCCUAUGGUUUGUGCAAUGUCUUCUCAUCAUUUUUUUCUUCAUUCGUUUCUGCUGUUUCCUUGUCGAGAAGUUUAGUGCAAGAAAACGUUGGAGGCAGAAGUCAGGUGACAGGUCUCAUGUCCAGUAUUUUGCUUCUGAUUGUGUUGCUUCUUGUGGGGCCAUAUUUCAAAACAUUACCAAAUUGUAUUUUAGCCAGCAUUAUCCUUGUGGCACUGAAAGGGAUGUUCUUGCAAUUCCUGGACCUGAAAGUACUGUGGGGUGUUUCGGUCAUAGACUUUACUGUAUGGUUGAUAACUUUUGCUGCCACAGUUUUGUUGGAUGUGGAUUUGGGCUUGCUUGUGGGUGUCGGGUUUGGCCUUUUGACUGUCAUCAUUCGAUCUCAGAGGCCAUACUCAUGUUUGCUGGGUCAAGUGCCAGGAACAGAUAUAUACAGAGAUAUUAGUGUGUACAAAUCUGCAGAAGAAACUGCAGGCAUUAAGAUCUUCAGGUUUGACUCGGCGCUGUUCUUUGCCAAUGCUGAAUUCUUCAAAAGUUCUCUCUACAAACUGACUGUGGAUCCAAAUCAGGUGAACAGUACUUCUCUACCUCCAUCGAAACUAGAUAGUCAGUCAGUGGUGACGCCCUCCACAACAACAGGGUCCGCUUCGACAGUUCCUAGCAGCAUCAGAAUAGAAAUGGAAACAGAUCCUAGCCGUAUCAAAGAGCUGCCAACUUUGACGGAUAUCAACUUCAUCAUUUUAGACUGCUCAACGAUGAGCUACGUUGACUCCAUGGGUGUUAAGGUUUUACAGCAGGUGAUUACAGAAUUCAAGGCUUUUAACAUCACAAUUUACCUGGCACAGUGCAAAUCAAGUGUACGUGAGAUGUUUGAGUGCACCAAUUUCUACAAGACCGGCAACAAGCAGUUUCAGUUUGUGACUAUCCACGAUGCUGUGGUCAGUGCACAGCUGCAGCAGUGGGCCAUCAUGGGG